AGCACGAAUUGAACCCGUCUGUCAAUCUCAACUCCGGCUAGAUACGACAUACAUGGGUUGAUAGCGCGAUCGAUACAGUCGAUCAAGAGAAGAGAAACACCAUCUCAUGUUCUCCCUACGAAUUCAUGCCACGCUUCACCCCCGAGAAUGACGGCACGGGUUUAGCGCGGCAACUGACCGAUCCGCUCGUUGCUCAAUAUGUCUACUCCGUCUUUAUCGCUCUCGCCUGGUGUAAUGCCCUCGAGCUGGUGGUCCUCUGUCUCAAUACUUUCAAACGCUAUGCCGGUACCUACUUUUGGAGUCUCUUCGUGGCCUCCAUCUCCAUCAUCCCCUUUGGCCUGGGAUAUCUCCUGAAGAUGUUUCACAUCACCUUCACCAAUGGAUACCUCGAGUUAGCCAUCACCGACAUCGGCUGGGUAGGCAUGGUCACCGGUCAAUCGCUCGUCCUCUGGUCACGUUUGCACCUCGUCGUUCACAAUCGCAAGGUUCUCAAAGGCAUUCUCUACCUCAUUAUCAUCGAUGGUGUCCUCCUCCAUGUCGCGGCGACCACGCUCGAGUUUAUGAACAAUGGUCUUUACUACAUUCACAACGUGACAGUGGCGUUCGGGAUCAUGGAACGAAUUCAGGUGGUGUGGUUCUGCGUGCAAGAGCUCCUGAUCUCCUCCGUAUACAUUGUGGAGACCGCCAAAUUACUGCGGCUGGACCAGGCAGGGCCGUCGCGCACCAUUCUCACGCAACUCAUCAUCGUCAAUGUGACUAUCAUGGUGCUCGAUUUAGUGGUGGUGGCGGUUCAGUUCGCUGGGUUUUUCACCCUGCAGGUCACCACGAAGGUGUUGGUCUAUAGCAUCAAGUUGAAGCUGGAAUAUAUUAUUUUGGGACGGUUAGUUGACGUUGCACAUAUCCGAUCACAGGCAGCGACUCCACGGUUUCGAUUUUGAUCGUGUGCGGGGUUCUAUGGACAUCUAGAACCCGACCAAAAUCUCACCCGCCUUAACGCCGAGAAGCUCCGAGCCGCGGGAAUGGGGGCCAUUU